AGCCAAUCACGUUGCAAAUAUCAAAAGGACACUUUGGUAAAUUCAACAUACCUUCUCUUUCAAACCAGACAACCACACCAAUGAUAAAACAAGAGAAGACCAAAUCACGACUCUUUCCGCUUUGCGCCUAAAAUCCAAAAAAUGACUUCACGCGCCACCGCCUCAUUUGCGUUCGUCUCUCUCCUCCUCUCCGCCGUAUUCCGCUUCUCCGCCGCCGAUGGAAUUUGUAGCACGAAAUGCAUCGCAGAGCAAUGUGACACGAUGGGAAUCAAAUACGGAAAGUAUUGCGGGGUAGGUUAUUCGGGCUGUGCCGGCGAGAAACCGUGUGAUGAUGUUGAUGCCUGUUGCAUGGUUCAUGAUGAUUGUGUUGGCGAAUUCGGAAUGACUAAUGUGAAAUGCCAUAACAAGUUUAAAAAGUGCUUAACCAAAGUACAGAAAUCUGGGAAAGUUGGAUUUUCGAAAAAGUGUCCGAUCAGCACAGUUGUGCCUACCAUGAUAAGAGGCAUGGACUUAGCCAUUAUGCUGAGCCAAUUUAGUGACAAUGCUCAUGAACUGUAAAAACAUUCUAACCCCAUUGAUAUAAUAGGUCAUAUCUCAUUUAUAAACUUCUUUUGAUUUA